AUGACUUUCCACAAAGAAACGAAUAAAUUGCCUUCUGACAUCAUCGUAUUCCGCUGUGGAUGUUCCGAGGGCGAGUUCAAGAAGGCGCACAAAGAGAUGAUUGAGCUGCAAAAAGCCUUUGUGGAAGUGAACCAGAUGUAUUCCCACGGGAUGUACUCUCCAUCUCUUACAUGUCUAGUAGUGCAGACAAAUUCGAAUUACCGCAUUGUGCCGACAAGAAUCGACUCGCAGGCUCGUCCUAUGGAUCAGAACGUUCCAUGUGGGACAGUUGUGGAGGAUGCAACCCAUCCGGCAUAUAACGAAUUCUUGAUCGUGCCACAAAAAGCGCUACAAGGAACUGCCCGUGCACUUCGAUGCACCUUGGUCAUGCACAGUAAAGGAACAUCGGGGCAGCUGUUAUCACUCGAUGAACUGGAGCAAAUCACCAACAUUCUGUGCUAUGGGCAUCAGGUGGUAUGUGGCUCCACUGGCGUGCCAUCAGUUUGUUAUUCCGCCACCAAUCUAUCAAAGCGUGGGAGGAACAACUGGAAAACUGAGAACUUCCGUGACAUCGGUAGCGAAUCGACAGGAUCUGGCGCGAGUGGAGAACGCGGAAGGCUUGUCCACGAUGGUACACCGACUUAUUUCAGAGAUCUCAGUGCGGAACUCGGCAGCAAGCUGAACACGCACUAUUGGGCUUGA